AUGAUGAGUUCUCAAAGCAUGCUGUUAGACAGCGACAUAGAAACAGAGGCAACAGCAGCAGCAGUCAAAAUGAAACUAUUGCAUCAAUUACGCAAUCUGGAAGGUGAUCAGAGAGCCUACCAUGAAGAGUCUGAGCGUACAAUCAUGCGCCAACUACGAGAGCUAAAUACAUUGCAGCGCGAACACGAAAACCUAGCAACAAACAUCGCCCUUGUCACUGCUCCGCAGAAUGUACAAAAGGAUAUUCACGAUUCAACACAGAUAAAGAUGUUGAUGCAAAGCAAAGAGGAGUAUGACUGCCUUGCUGAGCAGGAAAAGAAUCUGAUUGCUAAGCUUGAUGCUCAGAUAAGAGACCAAGAGGAUAAAAUUAAUAAGCAAAAGAUGUCUAUUGGAGGUCUGAGGAGUGCUCAUCAACGACGUAGACAUUUGCAAAGACAAAUACAGACUUUGGAGAACCAACUGAACUUGUCAACUAUAAAGUUUAACACAAUCCUGACUGAAAAUUGGAAGCUUCGUGAAGAAAUUAAUAUCUUGAGGGUUAAUAAAGAAAUUUAUACCAAGCUCUACAAUAAACUCAGUACGAAACUGCAAGAACAAAAAAAAAUAAUGAAAGACAUUGUUGAGGAAUCUGUGCAAGCUUAUGACCAACGGAUGGAGGCAGAAACGAGAAUACAUGCUGUAAAGGAACGGAGUGCAAAAGACAUCCUAUUAUAUAAUACAGAGAUAAAGGAACUAAUGCGUAUUAUUGAUCAUGAGGCAAAACUUAAAGAUUUCAUGCUGAUUAAAUUUCGACAGCUUUCGAGAGAAGAUCAUUCCAAGGACAAAGUUGGUAAGAAAACAGCUCAAGAAAUUGAAUACGAUGCUUAUGAAGAUGUACAUAAUCAACUCAAAAGCCUGACAGGAAAGGACAACCUUCACAAUCUAGGCAGUGAGUUUGUUGCCACAGAGGAGAAGAACUAUGCACUGUUUAAUUUUAUAAAUGAAAUUAAUAUUCAACUGGAACAUAAACAAGAGAAGAUCCAAAAUAUCAAGAAUGAUAUAUUACAAAUUGAAAAUCAACGCAGGGCAAGUGAGGAAGACUUGCAUAAUCGUAUAAAGGAAAUAGAGGAUGCUUUGGAAAAUACAACCCAACAGAUUAAUAAAUACGAAAUUAUGCAAACACAAGUUAACAAAACAUUGGAUGAACUGAAAUCCAGCAUAGAGUCCCUCUCCAAGAAAAUAUCUUGCGACCUAACACCAAUCCAGCAGAAGUUGUGUGGUAACGAAGGCAUCCUGAAUUACAAUGCACUAAAUUACUUGGAGGACUUUGUAGAAAAGGCCAAGAUUGCUUUAAAUCUGAAGGAGAAUCUUAUCAACGGUGUUGGUGACUCUGUUUUGAGAGACACUUUUAAAGAUAUGCCUCUUAAUCAGUUCUGGCUGUCACCUUGUAAGGGAUUCACAGGGUUGUCCCAAAGAGUUGUUAAAAUACUUAUCCAUUUUGCCUCAAUGUCUUCACUCAUUUACAUCAAAAACCAGUUAUUGAAGCUGCUUGACUACAGAGAUUGA